AUGAGGCUAACUACAAAUAGUGAAUGUUCUGAAAUUGAACAAACAAGGGUUUUUGCAAACUGGAUAUCGGACUUAGGAGAAGGCAAAGUUGGAGGUGAUAAUGAUGGUGAGGCAGUUAUUAAGAUACCUCAUGAUCUUCUCAUUACCGAUUCAAUGGAUCCUAUAUCUGCAUUAAUACAAUUUGUCUAUCCCUCAAUUCUUGAAAACAUCAACAAUUCAUCUUAUUUUCAAGAAAGGGCAAUACUUACACCAAAACAUGAAGUCGUUCAAGAAAUAAAUGAUUGUUUGUUAUCAUUGUUCCCAGAAGACGAAAAGGAGUACUUAAGUUCAGAUAUGCUAUGUGAAUCAGAGCAACUUCACGAUCAGUUUGAUAAAACUUUGUACUCUUUUGAUGUCUUAAAUGGUCUUAAAUUAUCAUGUAUACCAAACCAUAAGAUAUUACUAAAAGUUGGUGUUCCUAUCAUGUUACUAAGGAAUAUUGAUCAGAAAUCUGGAUUAUGUAAUGGAACUAGACUACGGGUGUUAUCAUUGGGAAAUCGGGUGAUAGAAGCACAAGUUAUAUCUGGAAGCAAUAUUGGAAGCUGGACAUUCAUUCCAAGAAUGUCUUUGACACCUAAAGGAUUCCAUUCAAAUUUCGAAGGAGACAAUUUCCAGUUGAUGUAUGUUUUGCCAUGA